CACGAGUAAUACACACACGUGACGUGGACUUGUUUACGGUGUCCGGAAGUGCUGUGGCUUUUUGGCCAGCUUGGAUGUUUUAUCCCUUCACGACGGACCUUGAGAUAACUGUUUAUGUGGUCCGCUAGAACAAGCACUCGUUAAUUAUCGAGCUUUAACCGGGAGAGCACAUGUAAUUGUUUGUCGUACACGGCGUUGAAGCCAGAAACCUUGGAUCCAUUUUUCCAACUCGACUGGCGUGCCGGAUGACUAGCUAGCAGGCUAACAAGCUAGCAGGCUAACAGGCAAAGCAAGCUGUCAAGUCUGCUGGUUUAUGUCUGUGUGUAUAGUUUAGUUAAGAAGUUAAGUUUAAACGGAAGAAUGAUUAAAAGCAACAGCGAGCUCGGUCUUAUUCUAUGAAUGGGCCGUAGAUUAAUUUAAUUAUUCGGAUAACAGUGAUGUUUAGGAUAUUCGGGACAUAAAUACUGGCUCCGGACAGACUGGUGAUGGAAGACAAAUACAGCAGCAACGUGCUGUCCGGGGGGAAGCUGGGCAUGGUCGAAGUGCCCAAUUCCAGGUUAACCAGAUACAUCGUUUUACUGGUUGUCACUAAGGUCCUCAAGGCUCUGGGGAUCUUUGAAUCGUAUGAUAUCCUCAAGGUUGUUCACAUUGUCCAGUUCAUCUUCAUACUAAAAUUAGGGAGUGCUGUUAUUCUGCUUUUCUUUCAAAAGCCUUUCUCCUCUGGCAAAGUCAUCUCAAAGAGACAGUGGAUAAAGUUACUCAAGCAUGCUGUUUUCAGCUGUGUCAUAUCCCUCCUUGGCUUCUUUGGUCUCACUCUCUGUGGACCUCUAAGGACAUUGUUGCUUUUUGAGCACAGUGAUGUUGUGGUUGUUGCUCUCCUCGGCGUCCUGUUCACGAGCUCAGGAGGGGGGCCGUCCAAGACCAGAGGCGCUGCCCUCUUCAUCAUCGCCGUGAUCUGUCUCCUCCUCUUCGACAACGACGAUCUCAUGGCAAAGAUGGCGGAGCACCCUGAGGGCCAUCAUGACAGCGCGCUCACUCAUUUCCUCUACACAGCCAUUGGAUUUUUAGGGGUUGCCGAUCAUAAAGGAGGCGUAGUGCUGCUGGUGGCCUCCCUGCUCCUGAAGGUGGGCUUUCACACGGCCUCCAGGAAACUGUCAGUGGAGAUUGGGGGCUCGAAGCGCCUCUACGCCCUUGACAACUUGGUUUCGGCUAUCGUGCUGCUCCCCUGGGUCAUAGUGCUCUCAUUGACCACAGACAGUAAAGUAGAAUCCUGGUCGUCCCUCAUUCUGCCAUUUGGGAUGAUCAUCCUCUCCGUGACGAUCCUGGAGUUUUACGUGGAGGCCAUCUGCAACACUAAGAUGGAGACGCCGAGGUGCGCUCGCUACGGCGCCAUCGCCCUCUUCCUCAGUGCCCUGUUGCUGGCGAACUUCUGGACCCACCCGCUGACCGACCAGCUGCGCUCCAUGAGCAAACCGCCCCAGCAGGGCAGCACGGAGCAUGUGCUCUCUGGAGGAGUGAUAGUCAGUGCCAUCUUCUUCAUCAUGUCCUCCAGUAUUCUCUCAUCUCCAUCAAAGAAAGGUCAGAAAGGCACCCUGGUGGGUUACUCGCCUGAAGGGACCCCUCUGUACAACUUCAUGGGUGACGCCCUGCAGCACACAUCUCAGUCCCUCCCACGGUUCAUCAAAGACUCCUUGAAACAGAUCCUAGAGGAAUACGAUUCCAGACAGAUCUUCUACUUCCUGUGUCUCAACCUGGCUUUCACCUUUGUGGAGCUCUUCUAUGGUGUUUGGACCAACAGUCUGGGACUGAUCUCUGACGGCUUCCACAUGCUGUUUGACUGCUCUGCUUUAGUCCUCGGCUUGUUCGCUGCCCUCAUGUCGCGCUGGAAAGCCACCAGGAUCUUCUCCUAUGGGUAUGGUCGCGUGGAAAUCCUUUCUGGAUUUAUCAAUGGCCUGUUCCUCAUGGUCAUCGCUUUCUUUGUCUUUGUGGAGUCGGUAACCCGUGUGUUGGAUCCUCCUAAUAUAAACACAGACAUGCUGACUCCGGUGUCUGUGGGAGGCCUACUGGUCAACCUGGUGGGCAUCUGUGCCUUCAGCCACGCUCACGCCCACGCCCACGGCGGCAAAACCUGCCCGUCGAAUGACCACGGCCACUCGCACCACGGCCACUCCCACAGCGAGCACGGCCACUCCCACAGCGAGCACGGCCACUCCCACGGAGGGCACGGCCACUCCCACGGAGGGCACGGCCACUCCCACGGAGGGACUAGCGGACACGGGCCCCCCCCCGGCUCCGGGGGUGGAGGCAUGAACGCUAACAUGAGAGGUGUUUUCCUCCACGUCCUGGCCGACACUUUGGGCAGCGUCGGUGUGAUCAUCUCCACCAUCCUCAUCCGCCAGUUCGGCUGGUUGAUCGCCGACCCCAUUUGCUCGCUCUUCAUCGCCACGCUCAUUUUUCUCAGCGUCAUCCCUCUGCUGAAGGACGCCUGCGAGGUUCUUCUUCUACGAAUUCCCCCAGAAAUUGAGAAGGAACUGAACAGUGCGCUGGAAAAGGUUGAGAAGAUCGAAGGAGUUUUGUCGUACAGAGACUCUCAUUUCUGGAGGCAUUCUGCCAGCAUCAUGGCAGGGACCAUCCACCUCCAGAUCAUGGCCGGCGUGGUGGAGCAGAGGAUCGUACAGCAGGUGACGGCCGUUUUGAAGGACGCCGGGGUGAAUAAUCUGUCAGUGCAGGUGGAAAAGGAGGCCUACUUCCAGCACAUGUCGGGACUCAGUACAGGAUUUCAGGAAGUUCUGGCAAUGACGCAGCAGAUGGAGUCCAUGAAAUACCUCAACGACGGGACCUGUAUCAUGUAACGAAAUUCUGAUGGACCAAAUGAAGGCUUCUGUCCCUUUUUCAUUCAAAUGUACAGUUUAUGUAUGUAUG